CCGGGGAUGCCAGACGCUUGAUUCUGGAGAUGCGGGUAUUGAGUGAUGGAGAAUCAAGCCGUAGCGCUGUAUGUGUCGAUGUUUUGUCCUUCUUCCACUCUUUUCCUUUCUCUUCUUCCUUUCUUGCUUUCUUAGUCCUAUGACUCAAGAUGCUAAUCUAGCGUAACCCACAGGAGGCACAAAACCUCGCUGGCACCUCGUUGGUCUCGCCCGCUGUUGAGGUAGCUAACAUGAGUGCUAGGAAGGAGAGCACUGCCGGGGUUGGACCGGAUGGUAAAAGCGAUGAAGAGGAUAACAGAAACGACGAGGACGAUGAGGACGAUGAACCAUACUUUGCCAACACAAGCCGCGUACUUUUCGGGACGAACGACCUCCUCGCCUCUUCGCCUGCUGCGGUUCCCGAUUCGCUUCCUCCGGCAGUCGAGAUCGGGAAUACUAGUGGUGGUGGUGGCCUUGGAGCGCCGAUUGGACCCCAGCCACUCUUCAAGAGAACGCUGCUCUGCUUCGACGACGUCGUGGGAUCGGGUCGGAUCUGGACCCCAAUAAACCUAAGAGGAGACGCGGAUCCCCACUGGAGAGAGGUUCCGCACAAUCCAGCCCAUCCUGUAGGUUCUCAGCCCUCCCCUUUCUAUGCGAAUUCGGAUGGAGUUUGUUGGCGAGCUGGUGGAAUGUCCAGACUCCAGACAUAGACCCAUCUUCCGGCCCAAGUACCCUUCAGAUUACUACACCACCCCUACUUCCCCCGUCUCAUUCCUGACCUGACUGCUGAAACCUCCCAUAGCCCGUCCCAGGCGAAGGUACCUGCCACCCAUCCAACCUCACACACCCCGACAGCUCCCUCCCAGCCAUCAUCCACGAGCACCACGCUCGCCUCGCAGCGGAGGGCACCCUCUUCGCCACCACAAUUGCCAACCUCGAAUGGGCGGCCUCGCUCAUUGAUAACUGCGGCUAUGA